AUGCUAGACAACAAUGAGCUAACUAUAAGACAGAUUUAUCUCAAGUUGCUGGGCACCCGACCUCAUGUUGACUGGAAAUACUUGAUCAUAGCUAACAAUGCCAGACCAAGAGCUAUUUUUGCUAUGCGGAUGCAACUACAGGACAAGCUUGCUACUAUAGAUAGGCUGACUAGCUGGGACAUGACGGUGGACACAAAAUGCAAGUUAUGUAGAGUGGAACUGGAGAAUAGAGAUCACCUUUUUGUGUUCUGCGAGUUCACCAAAACAUUAUGGAAGAGACUGCUCAAUUGGAUCAACAAAACAAUUCAUAUUGCUACUACUUGGGAACACCAUUUGACAUGGGCAGUGGCUAAUGCAAGAGAAAAAUCCCAAAAUGCCCAACUGUUUCGAAUACUAUAUGCAGAAUACACCUAUGCUCUAUGGGAGGAGAGGAAUCAGAGAACAUUUGAGAAUAGAAGUCGACAAUGGGAUCAGAUAGCCAAAGAGAUUGCUUUGAUGUGUAAUAUGAGAGCUCCUUUAGGACCUAGAACUAAGUUGCAACACCCUUUAUUUUGA